AUGGCUCAAGUUCUUGGCCUUGACCCUGAGGCCUCUGUCACGUCGGGCAGUGGCGCUUCCUAUCCUCGCACAACAACCCCCCCAGCUCUCACUUCUUCUGUAUCUGCAUCUACUGUCCCUAAAACAAAUCGGUAUUCGUAUCUGCAAAGGCCAGGCUCUCAAACCCAAGCCCAAGCACGUACCCGGCCGAGAGCAAAAUCUGCAUCAAAUUUGUUAGGUGGCCCCGAAAAGGACAAGGACUUGCGUUUUCACGACGACACCUUCAUCGAUCAGCAGCAUGAGGGGGACGGGGAACCGCAUGAUGGCCUUGCUGAGCUCAUUGACUUUCUGAGGAACCACAGCCCCCCAUCAAGUAACUUUAUGUCUAUCCCGGAUGGAAUUCCCCCAGAGGACAGGGGGCGAUGGUACAGGCUUCGAAAGUUGGGCAAGAGGAGUAAAUCACUCUCCAAGUCGCCCCAGACCAUUCGGCUUCCAGACUCAGCUGUUUCAGGCACAACGAUAGGAGGACAUCGACAUAUUGCAAUUUCCAUUCCCUUGGACGCCUCGCCAUUUGGUCGAACUCCCAGGUCUCAGUAUCCCAUAUACCAGCACCGGAGUGUGAAGCCUCUUACUUCCCAGUAUGCCCCUACCAGAGCAAUUUUGAACGACAAAGGCGUCGUGACUGUGUUACGGACUGUUGCCGAGGACAGAGAAUCAUCGCCCUCGUCAACCAAGACAGAAGCCCAUCAGGUUCCUACUUCACCUGCCCGCCCCGUAUCCCAGGAUGGAUCUUACCAACCUUCACUUUCCAGAAGCAUAAUGACAACAAGCGAGAAUGAUCCUGUUGUUGCAGAGGCUAGGCCGGUCGAGGCAAGACCUGUAUCAGCCAGGGAAUCGUGCAUUCGAUUGACCACGAAGAAAAUCGAGGAGCCUCCUGUUACUGUGAUCACCAAGAGCCCACUACGUGCCCAACGUCAAGGUUCUAGGAAACAAACAACAAAGGAGAGAUCAUCAACACCAGAAGCCAGAUUGUCGCAGAGCCGCCGUGACAAGGUCAGGGACAAGAAAAAGAAGGAUAUGGAAGCUGCUUCUUUGAAACGGCGCAGUAUGAUAUCUAUUUCGAUGGACCUGCAGCCUGAUUCUGAGCAGGAGACUAUCAAAGAGUCGCCUCAAGAAAAGGUAGAAGAGCCACCACCAUUGCCACUCAGGUCUCCCCAACGCCAAAGCAUGUGCCCCAUCAUGGUUGUCGCCAAUGUCAAGCCAUCACCUCCCCCAACAGCGGUUAUCCCAGCAUCCCCAAAGAGACAAACGACCACAAACCAACAGGACUUGACCUUUGCUGUGAAGUUGAAGCCGGACGAGGCGGCGCCUAAGCAAGAAGACGACACGUCCAGUCGAGCAAUUUCUCCAUCUCCACCCUCAUAUCAAAACGGGUCACCGACGCCUCCACAAUCCACUCACUCAUCACCAACUCAUAAACUGGACUCACAGGAUAGAACGUCCCUUUCGCGACGUCGGGAGUGGAGUGCUGCCCGAGAACAAGAGCGUAAACGAAAAGAAGCUGCCUCGAACGCCAGUCCCCGACCCAGGGUGAGGAAGGCCGUUACUAUGAGAGAAGACACCGGGGACAAAGCGCCCACCGUGGAAAAGGAGGUUUUGCGAAGAUAUGAGGCAUACCGAGAGUACCGCAUCAGAGAGAUGGAACGCAGAAUCAGGAGAUUGGAGCGCAACGGAGAUGUCUGGCUUCGUGCCCUGGUGCCAGUCUUAGACAAUCUCAACCGCACGCUCGCUAAUUCUCAAGACGGGCACCCAAGCGGGGCGAAGGGGUGGAUAUCUGAUGAUGACCGUUCAAACUUCCACGCAACCUCUAAAAUGAGACCAUCGAGCCGAGGACGCAUGAUGGCAAGGAGCGGGACAUCAGAGCGGGAGUUUCUGGAGCAGCUUGUACGAACUAAAGAGGAGCUUGAGGCUGGAAGUGUCAGCGAUGACAUGAGCGGUUUUGAUACGAUAGAGCCUUUGAUGAGAGAACUCGCCGGUCGAUCUCGACUAAGUUUUGAAGCAAGAUCACUCGGAAUGGAUGAUGAGGGAUUACUGCAUUCUCUUUCCGAGUAG